AAUUGUUUUGACGCGGAACUAGUAUUUGUUGUCUAAUUUGAAAAUGAGAGCGAGAUGGCUGAAGGCGGGAGCGAUAUUUCUAACGUGGAUGAAGAAACCUUGUUUAAAGAAGAAUUUGCUCAUGUAGAAGAGCUUCUUAUAAGUAGCAGAGAAGAAUGCAUCGAACUAGGCUCUAAAUUUCAGGAUGUAAGCAUAAAAGUAGAAAGUAUGAUGCGGCUGCGGGAUGAUUCUUCAUCAGAUCAUUCUGUUUUAAGUGAGCAUUUUGAACAAGAUAAAGAAACUAGAAAUGAUUAUGAAGAACUCAAAAGCAAAUAUGAAUCCAGAAUGUCGGUCUAUAAGGAAAGUUCUGAGCAUCAAGCAAAGAUUGUUGAUGUUCUUCAAGAACGAGUUGAAGAAUAUCGCAUUCGUUGUGCUAAGUUAGAAGCAGCUUUGGCCGAGCAUUCGGCACAUGAAAAUAGUAUUCAUGAGACUGAUUCGCAUUCACAAAAUGUUCUGGCAAUGGACCUGGAAACAGCUUUGUUACAACUGGAGCAGGAAAAGAACAGGUGCCAAGGACUACAACAAAUAAAUACACUUCUUCAUGAACAACUAGAAAUAGCCACAGAAGUGAAUCAGACUCUUACAUCAGAUGUUCAGCGUCUUACCAAAGAAUGGCAGCAAGCUCGUUCUCAGCUAUUAGCCAAAGAAUCAGAAUGGCAGGAAGAGGAACAGUAUUUCAGUUUGUAUUAUACCAAAGAAAGCAAUAUCCUUUUAUCCUUGUUACGCCAAGUACUUGAUUUCAAACAUGAUUUUAGAAAUUUAAGAAGCCAUACUGAGAGAGAAUUGACUUCAUUCAAAGGCUGCAUUUGCCGCACUAUUCAAAAUGUUGCAGAUUUACAAGUUGCUGCUGUAAAUAGAAGCCAAAGAUUAAUUGGAGAUUCUGAAGUUGAUGCAGCUUUAAAAAUAGAUGAUUAUGAAAAGGCUCAAAAUGAAGUUCCAAGACUUCACCAAAGAAUAUCAGAAUUACUUGAUAAACAUGAAGAAUUCCAGAAACUUUUAGAAGAAAAAGAAAAGGCAAAUUCUGUUCUUAGUAAUAUAAUUGAAAAAAUUAAUGAUUCAGUCUCUCAGACUGUAAAGAAAGCACAGCCGUCUGUUAAAGAUUCUGAGCUUGAAAAUCUUCUUCGGCAGUAUUCUAAAACCAUAGAAGAUAUAUCUCAGGUUUUAUUAGAUGAUGGAAACACAGAGAUCUCUUCCCUUUUUACAAUUUUCCCUCUGCCAAGUUCUUCAGAAUUGGAGGGACCACAAAAUAUUCUAAAUACUAAUGUGUUGCCAUCUGCAGUUAAUGGUGUCAAAAAGGUGCUACAAAAAUAUCAUAAACAGCUAGAAGAGAGCAAUUCAAAACUCUCAUCAUUGAAUGAGCAAAAUAAUAUGCAGCAAAGAACUAUUGAAUUUCUAGAAGAUGAAAGACAAAAGAUGCAGCAACUGAACUCGCAACUUUCAUCUCAGUUUAAAUCUGUGAAUCAGAAAAUGCAAGACUUUUUAAAGGAACUGAAAACUUCUGAUGACAGUGCAAAUAAGCAUUCAUCUGCUUUGGAAACAGUCAUCAAGUCACUAAAUGCUCAAGUAGAAAAUUUGCAAACUGAAAGAGGCCACUUAAUUGUUCUUCAACAAGAACUGCAUUCAAAAAUAGAAAUUUUAUCCGAAGAAAAAAAGAUAUGGAAACAGUCAGAGUUAAAUUUUACUUCAGAUAUUAGUAAAAGUACUAGGAAAAUCUCAGAAUUGGAAUCAAAACUUGAAUCAUUGAGGAAAAGUUAUGAAACGUUACAAGAAAAGUACCAUGAAGUUAAUUUGGAUAAAGAACUUUUGAUAGAAGAAAAGAUGAAAUUUUCUGACAGUCUUUCUAAUUUGCGAAAUCAGUACCUUGAUUUACAAACUGGCUGGAACAUGCUCCGUGAUAAAGAAAGUGCUCUUCAGGACUCACUAGCUAGUUUGCAGACUGAUUGUGAAAGCCUUUCUCUGGAGAAAAAGGAUCUUACAGAUGCUUUAAAUAAGGCUUUAAGUGAGCUAGAAUCUGAAAAAUCUGCACAAACUGCUUUGAGAAUUGAACAUGAGAAAACAAAGAUGGAUCUAAAGCUUGAAAUUGAUAGACUCAAUGACAAAUACCUAGAAUUGGAAGCAGAGUGUGAUAAAUAUCGAAGGCAGUUAGAAUCCAUAGAAGAAUCUGAACAGGAUGCUGAAGAUGAAAAAAGUCAAAUUAAUAUCCGUAACAAUGAUCUAACCAAUCAAUUGACCAAGUUUUCUAGUCAAAAGAAAAGCAUUGAAUUGGAAUUGGAACAAAUUAGAAAUGAACUUAAACACCACACUGAAUUACUUGAGACAGCAAAUCAGGAAAAUAAUUCUUUGACUCGCAAGAAUUCUGAAUUAUCUGUUAAAUUGGACUCAAUGGAAAAUGAAGUCUCUCAAUUAAAUGAAGUCAUAUCAGCUUUGAAAGAAGAGAAGGUAAAUUUGGAAAAAUCCUUAUACAGUACUCAACAGCAGCUUUCAAAACUGCAAGAAGAAAAAUCUGAUGUUGUAAGGGAACUAGAUAUUCAACGGUCAUCAGUGUCUUCACUGCAAGCUCAAAUCAGAGAUUUGCAGGAACUUCAUGAAAAAUAUGUGGAUGAUGUUGCUAAGGAAAAGAAUGCUGCAUUUUUAAAAAUUCAACAGAUGGAGCAGGAAUAUCAAACUGCUUUAAAAAAUGAACGACAUCAGCAUAAUAUUGAUAUAGACUUAAUUACUAAAGAAAAGGAAGCAUUAAGAAAUAGAAUGGUUACAUCUAUUGAUGAACUAUUUGAGCGCCACCAGAAGCAACAAGAUGAAUUAUUGAACCAACACCAGGAAGAAGUUUCAUCUCUGAAAAGACAGAUAGCUUCACAUGAAAGAGAACACGAAGAAAAACUACUACUUCUGAAAAAUGAGAGCAAAAAAAUUCACAAUGAUUAUAAAGAACAAAUUUCCAAUCUGGCACGCACCAUCGAGAAUCUCAAAACGAAACUGGAAGAAAGUGAAGCAUCAUAUAAUGUUCUUAAACAGAAAUUUGAUAAAGCUGAAUACGAACAUCAAAUACUGGUUGAAGAAAAUGCUGAUAUCAUGAAAAGAUUGAAAGAUGAUAUGAAUAAUUUGAGUGUGGAACAUUCAAAAGAAAUAAGAAAGCUAGAAGAGAAAAUGGAUGCACUGAAGCAGGAAAAAGAAUCUCUACUUAAAGAAAUCCAAACCUUGGAACUUCAAGUAAACAGUUUAGAAUCUGAAAAAAGUAAAAUAGCCAAAGAAAUGGAUGAACGGAACUCAUAUUAUGAAAGUGAAAAGAGUUCAAAGACCAUAUUAGAAGACAAAAUUUCAUUAAUUCAAAAUCAAUUGAAAGAUGAGCAGUCUUUGAAUGCUGUAAUCAACAAAUCUUUAGAGGAUUGUAAAAAUCGAUUAAAAGCUGCUCAAAAUGAAAAUAGUGAACUCAGGAAGCAAAUUGAAGAUAUUCAGCAAAAGUUAAGUGAAAAAGAUAUUUCAACAGCUAAAUUGCAAUCUCAAAACAAGGAGUUAAAAAGUACUUUGCGGGAAGUUGAGAAAUCUCGCCAAGAUACAAAACGGGAAGUUCAUAAUCUGAAAAGAAAUAUUUUAAGCCUUGAAAAAUCCGUUACUACCAAAGAAGAUGAAAUUAACGAGUUAAACAUGUUGCACAAAAGGGAAGAAGAAAUUCAGGAAGCACUGAAGAAAGAAAUUGUACAGUUAAAGCAAAGAGUUAUGGAAUCCACUGCUUCCAGUGAAGCAAUUUCAAAAGAACUUUCUGCUUCAAAAUUAAAAUUAGCUGAUUUAGAACAGAAAUACAGAAUGCAGCAAGAACAGCAUCAGUCCCUGUUACAUGAAUGUUUGUCAAGUGAACAAAACUUUUCAGAGCAUCGAGUCAAUUUGGAAAGAUCAGUGGCUGAAGCUUCCCGUGAUAUUCAGAAUUUGCGUUCUGCCCUGAACUUUGAAGAGGGGAAAGUUCUUGCUCUUGAAUCAAAAGUCGUUAAAUUAGAUGGUGCCAAGCGUGAAGUAGAAAGCAAGUUGUACUCUAUGUGCCUCUUCCUUAGAUCUAUCUUAGGACUGGGCUCUGAUAGUGGAUUUAUGAGUGUCAGUUCUAAUUUGCCAUCAACUCCUGGUCCUUCUCGUGGUACAUCUACAGAAAAACUUACUGAAGUGACUCGCUCAUCUGUGCGAGAGAGCCCUCAUCGACUUAAUUUGUCAAAGAGCAAUUAUCCUGCUCAGUUUAGUCUUUCUGAUCUUGACAUUGAUUUGUUGAAAUCUUCUUUGAAGGAUUUGAUACAUAAGUUUAAUGCUGUGGAAAAAGAACGAGAUGAACUGAAAGAUGUUGUUGCAAAACUACAGAGAGAAACUGAUGAACUGAAAGGAGAGCACAGUCAGUGUAUAUCAAAAAUGUAUCAGCUCAGAAGAGAUUUAGAGGAUAAGAAAAAUGUUGAGAAGGAUUUAGCAACAAAAAUAGCAAACAUUCAUCAUUGUGAGGAAGUCAUAAGAACACUUGAACGAGAGAAAAGGAGGCUUACGGAAAAGCUGGGCAGUGAGGAAUUUUUCGCUUCUUCUAGUAAUAAAGAAAAAGAAAAUCUUUUAGAUAAAAUAUCUGAAUUAAAAAAUAUUGAAUUGAAACUCCAUGAGCAGAUUGCAUCCUUAAAAUCUGCCAAAGAUGCAGCCGAAAUGAGAGCUUCCAAAUGUAUACAAAGGUUUCAGUCACUUGAAGCUGAAAUUGAACAGGCUAGGGAAAUUCUGGGUAGCAAAGAUCGUGAAAUAAAGGCACUGGAACAAAAGUUAGAUUCUGCUAGUAGAAAGUUAAAGUCAGCUGAAUCUCAAACUAAAUCUCUGGAAUUAACUGUUGACCAUUUAAGUAAUGAAGUUAAAAAAUAUUCAAAAAAUGAAGAAUUUUUAACAGAAAAGGUAAGAAUUUUGAGCUCUUCUUUGUCACAAACAUCAUCUUCACAGCAAAAUCUGUACGAAGAAUUAGAGAAAAAGCAGAAGGAGAGUUUAAAAAAUCAAACUGAGUUAUUCAAAGUACAGCAAAUAAAUGAGCAACUAAGGUCUUCAGUAAACGAAUAUAAACUAAAGAAUGAAGUCCUUCGAACUGAAGUAGAAGAACUCAGAAAAAGCCUUAUGCAGGCAGAAACUACCAUCCAAGAACAGUCGGAACAAAUUAGAAAAAUGCAAAAUCAUCUACUUUCAAGUGAAAAUACUGAGAAGAAUGCUUCACAACAAAUUGAAGGACUACAGAAGCAAAAGGACAUCCUUGAUGAAAAAGUAAGGACUCUGAGUUCUUCUUUACGAAUAACAAAGGAAGAACUAGAAGAAAAAGAAGAACUUAAUAACCAGAUGGAGAAAGAAUUAAACAGUUUAAAAAAGACUCUAGAUAAGAUGGAAAAAGAGAAAAUUAGGAAUAGUGAAAUGUCAGCUAAGUCAAUUAUAGAAAGAAGUUCUUUUGGCAAAUCCCUGAGGCAGUUAGAAAUAGAGAAUCAGACUCUUCAACAAAGAGUGCAGAAUCUUCAGGCUCAAUUAACUGAGCUAGAAGAACGCCAUUCACAAAGAAUGAAGGAUUUUUUGAAAAGCCAAACUUCUGAGUCAAAAUUGGAGGAAAGUAGACUAAGGACUGCCUUAAAGCAAACAGAACGACAGAUGGAAGAGAAAGAAAAGGUCCUUCGUCGAAAAAUUCUUGGCUUGGAAAAGCAGAUUAGUGUUUUGAAAAAUCAUCUAGAAAAUGAGCAAAAAAGGUGGCAACAAUAUCAUCAACGUUCUUUAUCAGCAAGUGCCAAUAUUAAUUUCUUACAUUCUGUGAUUAGCAGUUCUCUGCAAACUGUAUCGGAUGAUCCUCAAAAGCUACUACAUGAGGCAGAAAGACUUGAUCAUACUACAGAAGCUGAACUAAGUGCCUCUCCUGGCAUUUCUAUAAUGACUCCGUCCAAGCUUCAACGUUCCGGUUCAUAUACACAAAAGACAUCUACGCCAAAGAUUAAACGAAAACUUGAUAUGUCUUCAAAGUCAUAGCAUCAGUUUUUAUGUAUAUUUUAUAGUAUAUGAAUUGUGAUACAAAAAAGAUCAUACAUGCUUUGUAGUUGAUGAUUUAUUUUAACCUGUUCCUCAAGUGUAUUUUAUUAGACUAUUUUUUUAUAUCAGUGAAAGCUGCUAGUUCAUGUUUUAUUAUCGCAACUUAGUGAAGUUUUUGAUAAUUAUCUAUAGCUGAAUAUGUUACUCUGAUUUUUAUUUGGUAGCAGCUUGUUAUGUUAGAUUAAGUUUGUCUUUAUUAGAAAACUUGUGGAAUAAAUAUUAUUUUUUAAACCUCCAGAUAAAUAAAUAUAUGUGUAACAUUGUCUUAUGAAAAGAACUGAUUAUUUUAAGAAUUGAUAAUAUAUGCAUGUAUAUUAUUCAAUUUUAGGACACUUUUAACUUUUUUUUACUUUCAAAAAACUCUUAUAACCCUUAUGUAUUUAUAAAUUUUAUUUAUUGAAUUCAAAUAGUUUUUUAAUAUAUAUUAUCAAUGUAUGUUUUGUCUCCUUUUUAAUAAUUAUAAUGCUUAAUUAUUACUUAAUUAAUGCAUAGUUUAUACAAAAUGCAAUUUUCUUAGCUAUAUUUUCAAAUAUUUGGAAUUUACCAUUUAAAUUUUUUUUGAAUAUUGUUAGCAUAUUUUUGUUAUAGCUUUCAUUGUUGAAAUCUUACUAUAUCAAAAUAUUUCAAAGAGGAGGUUGAUUUAUUCUGUCUUUAGUGGAGGGGGGGGGGGCAUUUAUUAUUGUUUUAAUGACUUGUUUUUCUCUUGUUAGAGGAAAAAGUUAAGUCAUAUCGCUGUGACUGAAUACGGUGGCAAAAAUUUAAUUAUUAUUUUGCAUGUUUACAUUCUUUUAUUUCAGCUUUGUUUUGCUGUCACAUGUUUUUUUUAGAGCAAAAAUUCAAAAUGCUUGUUAUUUGAAUAUUUGUAUCAGUAAAGACAAUUUGAAGUAUUCUAACAAAUACUACUACCUCAUUUCUUGUUUUAAAGUUAGUUUGUUACUUUUAUUAACCAUAAAUAGUUGUAUCAUACUCUAGCAUUUUGAUAUUCACUUUUCAUAUUUACUUAUUGUUUUCUUUUCUGACCAUCAGUUAUCAGAAUACUUACAUUUUGGUCAAGUGUGUAGUUUUAAUUCUAUUUUCUUUACAAGCUUUUAAAAGUGAUAAUUGAAGGCUAUCCAUAUAAAAUGCAACCGGAGCUACAAAUGUGCACACUUAUAAAAGAGUCACCAAGUGACACGAAAUUUGGUGCAUGGAAUUCUCAUUUGAUUUGUUGAAUACUCUUUUUCCCACCAAACAACAUGAAACCAAUAAUCUUCUUUUCAGUGUGAAAAAGCAAUAUGAAACACAAAUAUGCGUCUUUAUUCUGAAAGCUUUUUACCCCUUUCAGACUCUUUAAACUUUAUCUUCUUUCUUUAUGGUUACAUGAAAGGUUUUAUUUAAUAAAAAUAAAAAAUUGGAUUAAUGUCUUUUUGAUGUUAUUUUUUAUUCCAAUUAAAUCAAAAAAGAAUAUGGUUUCCAUAAUUAGUACACAUCAUACAGAGUAUACUAUGACACAUAAGCAUUAAAGUUAAAGUAAAAUGUUUAUCAGUAAAUUAUUCAAUAUACUUAAUUUUUUUACUUGGAUUGAUUCUACUAAAACAUUCCACCUGUUCUGUUAUACUUUCUAGUAAUAGACUGGCUUUUUAGAAUUUUUUUUGUCUUAACUAGUUUAUAUACUGUUAGCAAGACUGAUAUCAAUUAGCCAAUAAUAAGUAUAAUUAAUUAGAUAAAUAAUUUCUGGGUUUAAAAACUGAAAAUAUAAAUAUCUUUAGUGAAAUUUAAAUUUCCAGUUGUUAAAAAUAAAAUCUAUAGUAUAAAAUUUUUGAUAUAUUCUUUUCACUUAGUGACCUCUAAGCUAUGGAUCUGGGCAUUGUUCUGAUGGAUAAUUAUGACUCUUUUAAUCUUUGAAAAAUCGUUUGAAGACAUCAUUCGUUCAAUUCUGGUGCUAAAAAAAUAUUCCAUAGCAUAAUCCAUAAAAUAAAAUUUUGUAGUGAUGUCAACUGCGGUCAGUUUUGAAAUAUAAUAUAGAAACUUUUUUUUAAUGUAUUUCUGCGAACUUUAAGAUCUACUGUUGGGUUACGUUAUAAAUUGAUGAGUCUGUAAGUUGUAUAGGUGUUAGUAAACAUACUUAAAAUCAUAUAAUUAGUUAAUCUUAAGUAAUAUUCCCUUAAAGGCUGCCUACAUUUUUUUUAGUUGCAUUUCAAGUUAAAUUUCUUUAUUUUAGUAUUUAUUUUCAUAACAUUUCUUUUUCCUUAUUUAUAUUUGCCACUUGGGGAUUGCCUCAGAGGUAUACUGCAUGUUCAGUAUAACCUUUUGUGGAAUUGGAUGUAUACAGUUUAGGAAAGGCAUUUAUUUGUAUUACCAUGAUAUGUUAUUCAUUAUAACUAAUAUUGAUUUGAGUAAUUUGUUGAAAAAUGAUUAAAUCAAUUCAUACAUAUCACAAUCUUUACCUUGUAAAAAUGUAAUGUCUACGCAGUGUAUUAUGUCUUGUGCCUUGUUCUUACAUAUCUGCCUUCACUCUGUGUGCCUUAGAAAGAUAAGUAGUUUUUAUCCUUUUAUCAUGUCUUGACAUUUUAUGAAUGUGCUUUUAUCAUUUUCAUAAAAUGAUGUAAUUAUGUGAUAAAUACUUUAGUAAAAUUGUUUAGAUUUUAUAAACUUUAAACAUGACAGCAUUCCUAUUUUAUUUGCUUCACAUUAUUACUGGAAGAUAUAUUUUAUGAAAUGGUCUAUGGGAAACGCACACAUAGAAUGUUUGUAAAAAAUCUUUUAAAAUCAUUUCAUCAUUCCAAAGCAAACUUCUUUAUUUCUUUUUCAUUUUUUUUAUGCUCUCAUUCCAUGUGCUUUAGAGAAAUAGUUUAUUGUUAAUACUUUUAAUGUAUAAAUAAUGUGAUGAAGCUAUAUUUCUGCAUGUUGA